AUGGGCAUCCUGCCGUGCGCACUGCAGUGGCAGCCAUCGCAGACAGCAGCAGCCCCAGGCAAGGCGCCUAAGAUGGACUACUUGGGCACAGUGCGGUCCAGUAGCAAUCCCUACGUGCUGCCAAGCAGCAGCAAUUGCUGCAACAACAGCGUGAAUCCGCCAGCUUCAGCAACUGGCUGCUGUCAGGAUUGUCGCUGUUGUAGACAGAGCUAUGAGCAUUUGCCCGUGCCACGUAUGCAGCAGCCGCCACAGACCCCAGCACCACCACCACCGCGGCCGCCGCCGCUGGUGCUGCCGCUUGCAUUUCAUUGCCACUAUCCGCCUCCAGUUCCGGCAUUGCCGUCGUUGCCACAGCCGCCAAUAUCCGGACCGCUGCCCCCAAGAGCACCACCAACACCGCCGCCCCGCAUUGUGUUGCCGCUGAAAGCGGUCGCUGCAGCUGCCAUUAGAGCGCAUCAGCAGAACGGCAAAUUGCCCCGUAACCUGCCCGCAUUGCGUGCCAUGGAGAUGGCCCUGCGCACCAACUCGUUUGCCAAAACUGGAGGCGGCAUACAGCCCAUGGAGGAGGCUGACAAUAGCGACUCGGAAAUGGAGUACAUGAUACCGUUACACAGUGAGUAG